UUCCCCACUCCCCCUCCCUACUACAAUCCCCCCAUCUCUCUCUCCGUAGUCUACACCCUCUCCCUCUCUCUGUCUCUCUCUGCAAGUCGCCAUGAACAUUCCAAGCAAAUGCACGACCCAUGGGCGCCACUUUGCACUUGCAAAGUGAGAUAGGAAGCUGCGGCCUGCCCUGCUCCCUUUACCACUACCGUGCAAGGACGUCCCUGUGAACUACAAGCUACACCUAGCUAGUGCGGCUAUUAGUUCGUACAUACGUGCUCGAGCCACUGAGCUGAGCUAGUUUGUGCGUGCUAUUACAAGCUGUUGCCAGGUGGUCAGCGGCAGCCAUGGAGAGGACGCCGGUGAUGGUGAGGCAGGGCGGCCAGGAGGUGCUGAGGCAGCUGCCGCCCGGGUUCCGCUUCCGCCCUACAGACGAGGAGCUGGUUGUGCAGUACCUCCGCCGAAAGGCCCUUGCCCUCCCGCUCCCAGCUGCUGUCAUCUCCGAUGUCCACAACCUCUACAGCCUCGACCCCUGGGACAUCCCCGGCGCGAGAGAGGGGGAGAAGUACUACUUUGCGGUCCGGCCGGCCGCCGGCGCCAAGAGGGGUGGCAGGACCACGACGGCGAGCGGGUGCUGGAAGCCCGCGAGCGCGAGGGAGAGGCCGGUGGUGGUGUCCCGGUGCGGCCGGAGCCACCUCGUUGGCGUCAAGAAGUUCCUGGCCUUCGUCCCCCGACGUGGCAAGGGCAAGGGCUCCAAGGCGCCGCCGGCGCCAGCGCAGAUCGGCUGGGUCAUGCACGAGUACCGCCUCGCCCUGCCGCAUCACCACAAGAAUGGUUGCUGCUUGGCUGAGGCUGGAACACAAGAGUGGGUAGUGUGCCGGAUCUUCCAAAGGGACAGAUCGUCGUCGUCGUUCAACAGACAAACGCCGGGCAUCCACGGCACCGACGCGCACCGCACGAUGCCACCGAUGCCACCAUCGCCAUCGUCGUCGUCUUCCAGCUGCGUCACAAGCGGCGGCAGCUCCUCAGACCUGCAGGAAGAGGUCAGCAGCUGAGAAGCCAAGCAAAGCUGCUGCCUACUGCCUCUCCAAGAGACACUGACUAGCUAGCUUAGCUAGGCAGAUUACGAACCAGGGGAAAGAAAUGAUGUGUCCUUUUCUUGCUCCAACAUUUGUUUUUCUCUCCAUCUCUUUGCUCUCUUUCUCCGUGUAAUAUGUAAUGCAGUGUGAUGAUGUAGCGAGAAGCAAGUCAGCAACCAGGCAUUGGGUGUUUAGUUAAUUAAGAAAGCCUCCUCUGAUUAGUAGCAGAUGUACCAUGCAUAUGUGAUAUGUGUAUGUAUACGUAGCAGAGAUGCAGCACGCAGUGACCACUGCAUGCAUGUGUAAUAACCUGCGAGCUGUACGUGAAAUUUCUUCAAGGAAGAAAAAGUGAAAGCCUUCUCGUUUUUACUGCCA